GGCGGAGCCGCGCGGGUUCGUCAUGUGAACGGCCGCAUGUUCGGGCAGAAGUGGGUCAGCGGUGCGGAGGGGCGGGUGGAGGUGCGGAGCCGCCCGGUGCCGCCCGGUGCCCCAUGAGCCGCCCGACCCCGCAGUGAGCGCCGCCGGAACGAUGCGAGCCCAAAUCGAGGUGAUCCCGUGCAAGAUCUGCGGGGACAAGUCCUCGGGGAUCCACUACGGCGUCAUCACCUGCGAAGGCUGCAAGGGUUUUUUCCGGCGGAGCCAGCAGAACAAUGCCAGCUACUCCUGCUCGCGGCAGAGGAACUGCCUGAUCGACCGCACCAACCGCAACCGCUGCCAGCACUGCCGCCUGCAGAAAUGCCUGGCGCUGGGCAUGUCCCGCGACGCGGUGAAGUUUGGCCGCAUGUCCAAGAAGCAGCGGGACAGCCUCUACGCCGAGGUGCAGAAGCACCAGCAGAGACAGGAGCAGAGCGGCGGCCCCAAGGAUGAGCCCGAACCCCUGAGCCGCAUCUACACCACCAGCGUCAGCAGCGGCCUCUCAGACCUGGACGACAUCUCCACGCUGUCGGAUGGGCUCCUCUUUGAUUUCCCCCUCACUCCUGAUGGCAGCAGCACCUACUACAACCUCGACCUGCUGGCCUCGGCGCAGCCCUCACCUGAUCAGUCCAGCCUGGACGUGGCCGAUGCCACGCUCAUCAAGCAGGAAUCCAUCUACGAGCUGAUGCUGGAGCCAGCCCUGUUUGCGCACGGCGCACUGGAGGGCAGCCAGCUGGCUGGGGACAUCUCCGUCCUUGAGAUCGACCGGAUUGCCCAAAACGUGGUGAAGUCACACCUGGAGACCUGCCAGUACACGGCGGAGGAGCUGAAGCACCUGGCCUGGAGCCUGUACUCCCCGGAGGAGAUCCGCGCCCUGCAGAGCAAGAGCUGCGAGGCCAUGUGGCAGCAGUGCUCGCUGCACAUCUCCAACGCCAUCCAGUACGUGGUGGAGUUCGCCAAGCGCAUCGAUGGCUUCAUGGAGCUCUGCCAGAACGACCAGAUCAUCCUCCUCAAAGCCGGUUGCCUUGAGGUGCUCCUGCUCCGCAUGAUCCGCGCCUUCAACCCCCUGAACAACACCGUGCUCUUCGAGGGGAAGUUCGGCGGCGUGCAGAUGUUCAAGGCGCUCGGGUGCGAUGACCUCAUCAGCGCCAUCUUCGAGCUGGGGAGGACCCUAUGCCGCCUGCAGCUGUCGGACGAGGAGCUCGCCCUGUUCACUGCCGCCGUCCUGCUCUCCCCGGAUCGCCCGUGGCUGACGGAGUCCAAGAAGGUGCAGAAGCUCCAGGACAAGAUCUACGUGGCCCUACAGCACGAGAUCCAGAAGAAACACUCCGCCGAGGACAAGCUCUCGAAGAUGGUCUCCAAGCUGCCCCUGAUGAAGACCAUUUGCAACCUGCACUUGGACAAACUGGAAUUUUUCCGUCUCCUGCACCCGGAGACGGCCAUGAACUUCCCACCCCUCUAUAAGGAGGUCUUCAACUCGGAGCUGCAGUACAGCGACCCGCGGGAGAGCUAAGGCUGGGAGCUGCCGGCCCCCUCCCCAGCCCCAAAUCCGGAGACGAACUGAAUCCUGAGGUUUGGGGCCGUCCGUUUAAAUCGCGUAACCAAACCCAAGACAACGGGGUUGUGGAUUGCAAUAGCUCUUGAAUGUAAAGCACCUUUGAAGGAAAAGCAAACGGACUUUGCCAUUACCCGUGAAAUGAAUGUGAAAUCUCCACUCGGGAGAGGAGAUGCUCCUGUAGGUGUACGGCACCGACUCGUCCCAUGGUGCGUGGAUCCGGGGCAGCGGAACCAGGGGGAUGAGGGGGACAGUGAGGAGUGCAAGGCCCUUACCCUGUGCUGUGCUCAGGACCCACUGCUCCGCCAUGGGGUGGCCCCACGGGCAAAAAGAAGGGGCGAUGCUGUGGGGCCUCUCGUGGCCGUGCUCCGCGUGGGGUUGUUUUGAGUCCCGCUGCCAAAAGCUGCCUGGGAACAGCCCGCUCCGAGGCCGCCCUGCUUGCUGCCGACCGAGGGCUGGAAUCCCAACCUCCUUCUUGGGGUCGGCGUCGAUUUGUUGUGGGGCCAGCCCCUACCCCCCAAUGGUCUGGGUCGUCCCCAAAGGCCGUUCCCAUUGCACUCCUGCCAGCGAGGUGGGGGGAUCUCCCUGCUCCCAGGGAUCCCAUAGGGAAGGACACAGACCGAGCCUCAUCAGGGAAGGGUCGCCGGGAAGGCGAUGGGAUUUCUGCUUCGGAGAAAUGUGGGAUUUCGCUGCUCACGCCGUCCGCCCCACGCAGCCGAGGUGUCCGAACGUACAGAAGCAUCCGUGGGUCCGUCCGCCUUGCUUCUCCCCCCGAUGUCGGUAGACCCCCAUGGAGCAUCCCAGUGCUGAGUGCCAACCCACCGCCCCCCGGCGCAGUGUGAGCAAUGCGGGGACGCGCCGCGCGUCUUUCCUGCCCUCCCGGGUCCUGAAAGCUGACGAGAGGGGCAGAGUUCAGCAUUGCCUUUGUCGUCUUUGGGAUCCGUCGCCGUCUUCAUUUCAUCGGCAAAGAAACCAUGAAAGCACCUUAAAUCGGGGAGCGGUGAGCCCUCGUGGGAGAGAUGUGGGGUUCUGAGAGAGAGGAGCCCACAUGGGAAGAGUGGAAGUGUCGAACACCGAUAACUCAACUGCCCAGCGCGGGAACCUGCACUUUUCAGUUCUCUUUGUAGGAACGGACUCGUUGACUGAGUUAUUUAUUGGGAGGGGUGGGAGUGGAUUUUCGCAAGAUGGAGUUUUGGGACCCUGCUGUGCCGCCGUCCCAAAGCCAAACCCAGGGGUCUUGGUGGUACGCAUCAAAAGGGAUGGGAAUGGAGCACCGCAUCCUUAACCCUACCUCUACCCCAUAACCCCAUCCUCUAACCCCUAACCCUAACCCAGAACCCAUAGCCUUAUCCCCUAGCCCCUACCCCUACCCUUAAGCCCAACCCUAACUCAUAACCCUGACACCUAACCCCCACCCCUAACCGUAUCCGUAACCCCUAACCUAUAACCCAUAACUUGUAACUCUAACCCCUCUUAACACUACCCCCUAACCCCUACCCCCACCCCAACCCC